CACAGCAUACUGUCAGAACCGCUGACCAUCAUGGAUCAACCGUUGGAUAUCUAUGUUAAUGUACAAAGGCAAUCACGUAAUCCCAGCGAGACGAAAAGGGAGAUACAAAGUUCACAAAACAUUUAUGAAAAUGUGUUAAUCCACACUGCGGACACAAAAAGAGCUGGACCUGCACUCUCAGGUGCUAAAGAUGGAAGGAAGAGUUCCUGCAGAGUUGCUGCAGUGUGUCUGGGUCUGCUGUGUCUUCUCCUCCUGACCAUUCUUGUAACUCUGGUUUUCCUAUUUACCGUGAGCAACUCUGAGCAGAAAAUGAAGAUGGUCCAGUUACAGACAAGUUACAACAACCUGACUAAAGAAAGAGACCAGUUACAGACCAGCUACAACACCCUGACUAAAGAAAGAGACCAGUUACAGACCAGCUACAACACCCUGACUAAAGAAAGAGACCAGUUACAGACCAGCUACAACACCCUGACUAAAGAAAGAGACCAGUUACAGACCAGCUACAACACCCUGACUAAAGAAAGAGACCGGUUACAGACCAGCUACAACAACCUGACUAAAGAAAGAGACCAGUUACAGACCAGCUACAACACCCUGACUAAAGAAAGAGACCGGUUACAGACCAGCUACAACACCCUGACUAAAGAAAGAGACCAGUUACAGACCAGCUACAACACCCUGACUAAAGAAAGAGACCGGUUACAGACCAGCUACAACACCCUGACUAAAGAAAGAGACCAGUUACAGACCAGCUACAACACCCUGACUAAAGAAAGAGACCAGUUACAGACCAGCUACAACAACCUGACUAAAGAAAGAGACCAGUUACAGACCAGCUACAACACCCUGACUAAAGAAAGAGACCAGUUACAGACCAGGUACAACAACGUGACUAAAGAAAGAGAUCAGUUACAGGCCAGCUACAACAACCUGGUUAAAGACAGAGACCAGUUACAGACCAACUUGGCUAAUGCUGCAAGGAAGAUUUGAUGCCCUGACAAAAGACAGAAAUGUUCUUCAGAGAAAGCUUCAAGGUGUCCCAGAAAGAUGUGACGGUGAGCGGGCGUCCACAAUACCAGCACCCUGAAACUGAUGGAGCUUAAUAGAAGUCAGAAAGUUUAAUUGGAAUAAGUGAAAAGACCUGCUCCACUUAUUUAAAUGUCCAUCAGGUGGCACUGAAUCAUUUAAGCCAUAAGUGUGAAUAAUUGCUGGCCUUCCUAUAGCACAGUCUGUUUUAAAAUGUGAUGUUUGAUCAAAGUUCAGUGCAGCAUUUCUGGAGAUAUUUCAAGCCCAUAGCAAUAACAAGAAAAAUAAUAUUUCCUUUUGUUUUCAGUGUGACACUCAAAAAUGUACAAACCCUUCUAUAUCACAUCCAGGUCACAGGCACAAUGUGGAGCAGUAAACAGACUGCCUACAAUACCGUAUUUUUUAAAUUGUAUUAUCCAAUAAAUAAAUUUAGGUGUGAACUUUGAUUUUCUGCACUGUGUUGAAAAAGAAGGAUGCUUGUUGUCUUGAGUGAGAAGAUUUAUGUUGCAGUAUUUUCUGUUUUAGACACCAGUAUGUGAUUUUAACUGUAUGUGUCACACAUUGCCUGUCUGAUCUGUUUAGUUUCAUUAUCCGACGUUUUUGUUAUCUAGUCCGUUGUAGUUUGGUCUCGUCCUGUUUGUUUGUGUCUUGUUGUGGAGUUUGUCUAUGUUGCUGUCUUCUGCUUGUUCUUUGUAGUUGUUCUGGUCUGUCUGUCUGAUUGCCUCCACCUGGUCUUGGUCCCGUUCUGCUCGUUACCUGGUGUUAAAUGUUUGCUUGUUCUGUUCAGUCUCUUUCUGGUCAUUGUAGCUUGUAGUGCUCAGUCUGGUGUUGUGUGUAGCUUGCUGUUGCUCUGUCUCAGUCUCAUGUGGUGUGAUAGAAUUCUUUUGUUCGCCCUGCUUGUUUCCUGUGGAUUUUGGAUUUCUGUUGGAUUAGCUGUUCUGUUGGAUUGCCUCAUUUUGUUUGGACUUUAUUUUUGGAAACCCUCAGCUCAGCCACUCUGCCUGUAAGUGUGCUCACUCUUAGUUGUUUAAUAAAUAUCACUGAACCAGUUACCUGUACCAGUUAGCCUUUGGGUCCUGCAUUUGGGUCCUAAAACCUUUCAACUACACUACCACCAAGUAUGAAAAAAUUUGAGGUUACUACACCUUAUGGAGCUUGCAAAUGGAAACAGUUGUUUUACCUAUUCUAAAAAAACAACGAUGUAAAGUUGAGAAGAGGAUUAUGCUGCAAGGGAGAUGUUACAGACUAGUAGUUAUUGUUAGGAUUUCACUAAAAGGAUUUAAGAGCAGACACAAGCCAGAUGUCAAAAACACAGGCAGGUUUAUUUUCAAUGUGCACAGAGAAAAACAGAUGGUUGGGGAUGGGGCGGAGAACUCGAAAUUCUGCGGGGAUCAGUGAACCCACUGCUGGACCUGAGAGCGGACAGUAUCAGGAACAAACAAACGGUUUGGCCUCACUAACCCUAACAUCCCUAACACCCUAACAACUAUUGGGAUAAGCGGCCACACAAAGCAGGUUAUCUAUGCAAUAAAUAUAGUCCCAAAUGUAUUGUAGCUGUGUGGAAAAAGUGUUGUACUUGUACUUUCAAAUGUGUGAAAAUAACAAAUCGAUUUAAUUUUAGUUACACAUCUACAGUAUCUGACAUGGAUGAAAACAAUUCAGAGAACUCAAUUGUAUGCGUAAAUGUGUCCAAAAAAGGUUUACAGGUACGAAUUUAUUCUACCUACAGACCUACAGUUACAAGUAGUUUUGUCCCACAUUUGACACAUUCCCCUCCAGGGAAGCACAGAUUAUUAAAUAAAUUAGAAUUUAUUUUAAAGGACCAUGCACUGAUACGGAGCAUUUCCUUGUCACUGAACUUGGUCAGGGUGUCUGUCAGAUUUGGGAUUAUAUGUGGGAGAUAGCAUGAACCUUCAAUAUGUUAUGUCUUCCCGGAGAAGCUCCUCUCUGGCAGAUCAGAAAAGGAUGCACACACCAUGUCAAGGAGGUUCACAUCUGUCUGCACCCACCCUAG